AUGGUUCAUCAACCAACGACUAACAGAAAGUCCAUAAUACUUGCGUGGACGACUGGUAAUGGCUGGGCUAGAAAGAGUUCCCUUUUGUUCACUUUUUCAAAUCCGUCUCAGGACGAAUAUGCGGACGAGAGAAAAACCUUAUCAUUUAAUGAUAAAAGAGAACUACAUCGAAGGUUUGGAGACUCUAUAAGUGCAAUUUUAAAGUCAAACGCAUCAAUGACUAUGAAGGAAGUGAUCAAGAAUCUUAAGAAGGAGAAGACACUGUCAGUGUUGGAUGUUCCCACCACAACAUCACCAUCUGAUAAUACUUCUACAGCACUACCAUCUUCAUCACUAUCUCGUCAUACUCCCACAAUACUACCUCGUAAUGCAUUACCACCACUAUCACAGAAUAUUCUUAAACAUUCUUUUGAUAUUUAUGAGACAAGUUACGAAAUGGAUUGGGCUCUAUGGAAUUUUGACAUCACAAUAAAUAAUAUAAACAUAGAAUGUGUACUUAUGAGCUUGCAUGAAAAAUUGAUAUCGCAUUUUGAAGUAAAGAUGCAAGAAUAUAAACCUAAAAAAGCUUUAUCUGUAGAAGUUAUGAGAAUCUUGAAAACAUUUAAUGUUACAUCUUUGGAAGACCUUGAAAAGGUACUUGACGAAAUCAAAAUUGAUUAUAAUAAUUUAAAUCGUGAUAUUAUCUACUUACGUCGCCUUUUUGAAAAAUUAGACCUACCAGAAGGCUGGUAUAACAGCCACAUCAUAGCACCAAUCUUUGAUGACUGCCUCGAAUCAAUUGAUGAAUGUAUUUUCUGA